GAGAAGGGGAGUAGGGUGCUUGGGAUUACAUGUCAACUAGUCAUCUCGCUCUACUAGAUCCCAAAGUGCUGCGCUAACUAUUAACGCUGGAGGAAAGAUUGCAAGUGGAAGUUAUAGCUACAAAUGUGUCAGGAUCUGGAGAAUGUAUCGUUCCCGUUGAACUGAUUUCCAACCUGGACGUUCAUUGAGGACUUAUGUAUCCGAAGCAGCCAUACACAGAUAUGGAGAAGCCCCCGUUGGCCCCUAAACCAAAGCUUCUCCAGCCCAAUAGCGCAGGGAUGACGCCUGCUCACCCCAGAAAAAACGAUUUCCCUCACCCUUCGCCUGGCCCCCAGAAGAGGGUCAAACCAGCCCUGGCUCCUAAACCCACCCUCCCUAAACCCGCUAGCACCAGGCAGUCAAGCCCCCUCUCUUUAACCAGCCAAACUACCGUGCUGGCCAACACCGGCACGCCGAGGAACGUGGGUCUCCUGAACUCCAAUAACGGAGUGCAGCUGGAGAACAAAAAGCCCGACUGGGACUACAUCAUCCCCAUCUGCCUGUGUAGCCAGCAGAACUGCCAGUGCAUCGUAAGCACCGCCAUGGACACGGGUAGACUGGCGGAAACCAAGGGCCAGAAACCAGUGGCUAGAGCCGGCUUGAGGCCUGACAACACGACUGACGCCAUUAAGAACCAAAUGAUCCACGCCUCUCCUCAGCCGUCCGCCCCCGGCGCCCGGCUCUCGCCCUACGUUCGUUCGCCCGCGGGGAACACACCCAAAGAAUCCCCCAAGAACCACCCAAACAAACAGGGCUGCGGCCCAGCCGUGGCCACCCCCAGACGCCCUCUGCCUGGACGAACGCAGAGCGACGAGGCCAACGGUAACUGCGUACUUCUGGCCGAGGUCGGGCAAGCGGCGCCGGCGUUGGAGCCGACCUCUUGCCCCCGCGGGCCCCCUCCGCUGCCCAAGCGACCCAAGCCUGUAAGCGGGGAGCCCCUCCCUGUCCCGCGGAAACCCAGGAAGGCCGCCCUCGCUCGCCAGGAACGGGUGGAAGAGGAUCCAGAGGAGAGGGCGGGGAACGGCGGGAGGGAAGUGCACGUCCGGGAGGUGACGACGGGGCCAGCGGAGAGGAAGAGCCACCGCUCUCUCUCUGUCGCUGCACCUGCUCCGGGGCUGAGCACGUCUGUCAGCGGGCCCAUGAAGCACCCCUGUCUGCCUGGGCAGAGAGGCUGUCCCCCGCCGGCCCCUCCGCCCAGGAAGAAGGCCUUCCUUUCCGCACCUGCCCAGUGCCUGCUCCCACAGGACGUGGAGGAGGUGGAGCUCCACUGGGGCGACCCCGUCCUUGAAAUGGAGUGCUCGGUUGACGACGACGACGACGAGGAGAAGAAGGAGGACCGCGAGGGGAUCCUGGAGUCCGAUCGUACCGACUAUACCCGUCUUGCGCCUCCCGAGAGCCAACCGGCCCCCGGCAGUGGUGACACAUUCGCACCCAUGGAGGGCGGCGGUGUCAGCCGGCGGGAGCCAAUGCAAAGCCUGAAGGAUCCUCCCAAGAAGCCCCAGAGACACAGCGCGCCCACGGAGCUCACGCGGACGUGGGGGUCCACGGAAGAGGUGGAGGCGGGGAAGCCCGCGGCGGACCAGAGGAAACGGGACCUCUCCCGCUCGGACGACUCGCUCAACGGGAGAGCCACCCGGAGGCUCCCGUCGCCCCCCGCCUCGGAGAAGCCGGGAUGGGUCUUUCCUUCGCCCGCCGCCGCCGUGGCUCUGCCGACGCCCGAGGCCUCGCGCUCCAGCCCGGGCAAGCAGAGAGCCAAGUCCUUCACGGCGGUGGACCUGGCCCGCUCCGAGGGCCAGAAGAGGCACUCGUUCCGGAGGCUGCUGGACCUCAAGCUCAAGAUGUUCCCCCGGCGGAUCGCCAUGGGGACGCAGGGCCCCAGGGACUUGGCGUCGCCCGGGUCGGAGCAGAGCGUGGACCUGGAGCAUCAGGGCGCCGGGGCCAAGGCUUCCCCGCCGCACGCCGCUCUGGAGCAAAGCGUGGACGGGGACGAGUUCCGUCCGGAGGCGGGGGACGAGGCUGCGUACGAGAACAUGCCCUACUACGAGGAGAUACCCGACUACAUCAACGUCCAGAUGGUGGGCGACGCGUCCCCUGGAGGGCCACGGCCGUCCCCGGCAUGGGCCCACGCGGAGCAGGACGACGACAACAUUUAUGAGGAACAGGAACCGUACAUGCCCCUGGAGAGACGACGAGAGCUGCACAGCAGCAGUGAGAGAAGCUCCUUUGAGCUUGAGGCGGCUCAGGAGGGAGACGGCUCCUCGGACGACAAUGACAUCAUUAUGGCUCAGAGCACGGACGAGGAGGAGGACGAGGGGAGCUCCUCCUCCGGCAAAGACGUGCCGGCGCCGUCCGCCGAAACGGAGAAUGAAUGCAGGCGGAAGAAGAGCAAGAUCCAUCACAUUGCUAUGGAGAUCAAGAGCUCGGAGAAUGUGUUUGUGGAUGUCAUUAAGCUUCUCCAUAUUGACUUCCGUGAGGCCGUCUCCAAGGCCUCGAAUCAGUCUGGGAAGCCUGUGAUCGAGGAGCGCUUCCUGAAUCAGAUCCUGUACAACCUCCCCCAGCUCUACGAGCUGAACCAGGACCUUCUACGAGAGCUGGAGCAGAGGGUCCACAACUGGGACGAGAAUUCCCAGCUGGCAGACAUCUUUGUAAAGAAAGGGCCCUAUCUGAAGAUGUACUCCACAUACAUCCGGGAGUUUGACAAGAAUGUGGCUCUACUGGAAGAGCAGAGUAAGAGGAACUCUGCGUUCGGGGCCGUGGUGAGAGCAUUCGAGGCCAGUCCCCGCUGCGCAAACCUGGCCCUGAGGCAUUACCUAUUGAAACCCGUGCAGAGGAUACCCCAGUAUCAACUCCUACUCAGAGAUUAUCUUAAACACCUUCCCCCUGCCUCAGCAGAUUACAAAGACACACAAGCCGCCCUCGUCAUAGUGAAGGAAGUGGCUAACCAUGCUAACGAUUUCAUGAAGCAAGGGGAUAACUUCCAAAAGCUGAUCCAAGUUCAGUGCAUUCUGAACGGCCACCAUGAGAUCGUUCAGCCUGGCCGGGUGUUUUUGAAAGAGGGCUUUUUGAAGAAGCUGUCCAGAAAGAUUAUGCAGCCACGAAUGUUCUUUCUGUUCAAUGACACAUUGCUUUACACAACUCCGGUUCAGUCCGGCCAGUUCAAACUCAACAACAUGUUGUCCUUAGCCGGUAUGAAGGUUAGCAAACCGAUGCAUGAGGCCCACCAGAACGAGCUGAACAUCGAGAGUGUGGAGCGGUCCUUUAUCCUGUCAGCCAGUUCUGCCGCGGAACGAGACGAUUGGCUGCAGACCAUCUCCAUGGCGAUCAACGACCACACCAAGAAGAAAAUAAGCUUCAUCUCGAGCAAGAGUACAGAGGAGAUGGAGGAAAAUGAGAGGGUCAGUGGUGCUUCUUUAGGGUCAAAAGCGCCCAUAUGGAUCCCGGAUCCACGGGCCACAAUGUGCAUGAUCUGCACGUGUGAGUUCACCCUGACGUGGAGGAGACACCAUUGUCGCGCUUGUGGAAAGGUGGUGUGCCAAGCGUGUUCUUCAAACAAGCACUGUCUCAAGUAUCUCAAGAACCAGCUGGCACGUGUUUGCAAUCAGUGCUUCGUCGUUCUUCAGCAGCGGAGCAGUGAGAAGGCUCUAUCGACCACUCAGUCCCCAGAUGGCAAGUCUGGCUUCACCUUCUCCAGAAAACACAAGAGGAUACCAGCUGCCCUCAAAGAGGUCUCCGCCAACACAGACAACUCCUCCAUGAGUGGUUAUUUGCAAAGGUCAAAGGGCAACAAGAAGCAAGGCCGGAGGCUGUGGUUUGUCAUCAAAGACAAAGUACUUUACACAUAUGCUGCAAGCGAGAAUGUGGCUGCAUUGGAGAGCCAGCCCUUGCUGGGGUUCGUGUUGAAGGAAGACUCGACACAGAAGCUGCAAUUCAAGCUCUACCACAAAAACACCAUCUUCUACAUCUUCAAGGCAGACGACGUCCCAGCAGCCCAGAGAUGGAUUGACUCAUUCAAGGAGGCCAUGGUGCUUGAAUAGAUUUUGGAACUAUUCGUAUAGAUUUAAGCUACAUGUAUAUAGAUUUUGAUUGUGAAUAGAUUUUGAAACGAUUCAGAUAAAUUUUAGCGACCUGUAGGAAAUGGCACAUUUAUAUAUAUAUUUUUUUUCAAAUGCUUCAUGAUUUUGUAAUGUUUUAAUCACAUCUGGCUGAAAAUAUCUUUACACGCACCUGGUUUACACAAUCCCUAAUAUUUACCUGAAACUUUUUGUGAUACUGUUGAUGUUUACAAAUCUCUAGGAGACUAUUUGUUUAUGGAUUAGGUUGUUAAUUACAAUUCAAUUAUGUAAUUAAUUUGCAUCUUCGAUUGUAUUGACAUUACACUUCAGCACUAUUUUACCUUUUUUGUAACUAUUUAAAUGUAUUGGAAUUUUUAAAAUCAGAUCAUAUUUUCUGGAAUAAAUAUUAUGUCAAAUG